CGCAAGGGAAACUUGGUCGUCGCUUUGAAACAUACAACGAUUAAACGACAGAGAGAGCCGCCCGAAAAAUAGCCCAAGUAUCCGUGGUGGACGUGGCAUGAGGUACGGAUGACUGGCGUCAAUCGAUAUGAAUUCUCUUUUUUUUUUUUAGUCGUCCCUUUAUGGUAAGUGUUUGUUUUGCAAUCAAGGCCGCUCAUCCUGGUACUAAAAUAUUGCUUCGCCAGGCUUUUGGCAUGUGUCCGGGAACAUCAUGUCACCCUGUCACGAUGAAGAUAACUGAUCCUGAUGGCGAUUGUAACAACGACCAAUGCAGUCAAGUUGCGGUCAGCAUGCUUUGCAGAAAACUGGAAAGGCAGACAAAGCACCGCCGUUAUUUACAACUGGUGGGCGCAAAGCAAGCUGUAACUACCCCCAAGUCUAUCAUGGCCCCCGCAGAUAGUUGCUUGAUCAUCGCCCUUGAAUUCGAUGCCUGCAACGCAGAGCAGACUCUUCAUCCGUUGUACCGAACAUUGACACCAAUAUGGUCUUGGCGAUUGCUCCGGAAAUCGGUGACAGGUUUUCUUGAGGACUUCACUUGUGUGGUUGACGGAAAUACCAAGGCUUCCCCUCUGGUCGCAAACUUUUCUCCGACACACACUGUAUGAGAUCACCCAAAUCAGGCAACAUCUGUGGCUGUAUGCUUGCCUCGUCAACAACGGAAAGGAUCGCCAAGACUCAGUAUUGCCGAGACUCAGGAUCGCACAAGAAGUAUGACAACGAAAAGACGUUCUUAUGGGGAUGUUGAAGUCUUUCGUCACGAUGCCAUUGGAUGAUGGCAGAAUGUGCUGAUACCAACGAUGCAAGAAAAUUCGGCUGUGCAAACCUCCUGAAAUCUGUCUACCUCAGCAUUGAUCGUUACAAUUACUCACCUUGAACAAAAUGCAAGGCAG